AUCUCUAAGGAUCGUUUAAAAGUUUUGAGAUUCGCUGUGCGAUGGAGGGAUUCUUCAAAGGUGCUGCGUAAAUUAAAGAGCGAAGAUAAAAGUAAAACGAUGAACUCCUUUGGGAAAUGGGAGUGUUGUGGCAAAUUGGGCCAGGGCGGAUUCGGUGAGGUGCUCCACUGGCGAAACCGGACGACGGGCCGGGAAAUCGCCACCAAACAUAUGCAGAACACAAACUCUCUGGGUGCCGAUCAGCAAAUAAAACUGAGCGAACGUUGGAACAAGGAGUUCAAUUGGUCACGCCAGUUCCUGCAUUUCCCUCACAUUGUGGCUGGCGUGAUUCUGGACGAGGAGGAUCCGGACUUCGUGAAAUUCCUUAAUGCCAGGCACCUUGCCAAGUUGCCUGUGAUUGUGCUGGAGUACUGCAACGGCGGCGAUGUGAGGAAGCGACUGCAGAGGCCGGAGAACGCCAACGGACUGGUGGAGUUCGAAGUGCGCCAGAUCCUGGGCGCUCUCCGUCAGGCCCUGCACUUCCUGCACUCCAAGUGCGGGGUCUGCCACCGCGAUUUGAAGCCGGAUAACAUUGUAAUCCAACGCGGCGAGGAUGGAAAGAAGGUUUACAAGCUAACCGACUUCGGGUUGGCGCGAGUAACUCCCGACCAAACGAUGUUACAAAGUGUGGUAGGCACCCGGCACUACUUCGCCCCCGAAGUGGUGGAAUCGGGCCGCUACAACUCUGCCGUGGACUAUUGGUCACUGGGAAUUAUUGCCUACGAGCUGGCCACGGGCGAGCUGCCAUUCAUACCACACCAGACGCCAAAGAAUAUACUACUCAGUUUGCUUAAGAAGCCCGUCAAUUGCAUUGCCAUCACGGAGGAUCCACAGGAAAGCUGUCGUUUUGAAAAUCAGUUCGAACUGCCCAAGGAGCACCAUCUGUCGCAGCCCUGGGCCGAGGCGUUCACCAAAUGGUUGCGCUGCCCGCUGGACACAGACUACAAGCGACGCGGCCAGCUGGCAUCUGAUGAAGUACAAUCAGUACCAGUCGUCUUCGCUGAGCUCGACAAGCUGAACCAGAUGAAGGUGCUUACUAUGUUUGCAGUUAACUGCUGCAAGCGACUGGAGUAUGCGGUUACGGCUGACAUGACCAUGGAGGAUCUGAUUCGCUUGAUUGUUCGCGACACCGGAAUGAACGCAAAGGAUGUAUACUGCGCGCUGCCUACUUUCCAUCCACACAAGCAAAUCACGCCGCACACUAAGCCCUUGAAUCUGUAUGUGGAGGAGUGGAACGACACUAGCAAGGAGUCGUGCAGGUCGGCCAAGCGGAAAAAUCCCCCUGUGAUGCUGUACAUCUUUCAAGGGAAAAAAGAAUGUGACUACAGUGUGCCCGAGCAAACGCUGUCGGUUCUCGCUCAGAAGUUUAUGACCAACAAGUUAAAGUUGGAGGAGAGAUGGGUGGUCAAACGCGUAGCUCUGGACAUGUUCUACGUGCUCAACAAGGAGCAAGCUAUCUACAAGAUGCUCCUGUCCGGUGUUAACGAGCAUGCGCUCACGCUGGAGGACGAAAUGGUCGCCAAUCCGUUCAUAGACAGCAUUAAUGCGCAGCUUCUGACUACCACCUAUGCGUUUGAACAGCUGAAAAGCCUGCGAACAGCAGUUCAAGUAGAAAGUCCGACCGUUCAGCUUAACGACGGUGCAGAGUGGGAGAAGCUUGCAAAUAAUUAUGAAGCCAUCACAGCAAGCGCAAAAUCAAUCAAGGGACACUUUGAAUCCAACUUACGCAGUGCUCGGGGCAUGGUCCAGACCACAAAUAAACUGCUGAAGGAUCUUGACGAGCGAGAUAUAUUCGAUGCAACUUCUUUUUACCAACUUUACCUGAGCAACGGACAACGGACCAUUUCACCGGCUGAGUUAAAAAAUGCCUUCAAGAAGUUUGUCACUAUUCGUUUCGAGUUGCAUAGAGAUGGCGAGGUUAAAUCACGCUCCAAGGCUAUUGAUGCACUGCACUUUCUUUUCUUUAAGAGCAAGGAGUCCGUCCCAGUUCUCUUAAUCAAAUUUGCCGACUUGCAAAGAGAGAUAUUUAGCAUGCACUUGAAGAUGGUAAAGCCCAUAUGCACAGCACCAUCUCAGAUGCUUCAGCUUAGCGACGCGAUGGACCGUCUUACUAUGAGCUAUGGGCAACCCAAUGCGGAUUCAUUUGACUCUCUAGGCACGGCCAGUGUUAUCGACGAGGCAGAAAGGAUUAAUAGCAUGCUUAUCCGUGAAAUGGAAAUCGAUCACGUUUAAUGCUUGUUGUUGGUACAGAAGUCUCGCCGGAGUUCACCACUACGCCUCCAUUCGAAAUCAUAGAAAAAUUCGAUUUUAUUUUGUUAUAUCACACCCAAUUGGUAUUUUCAUUAGCUUUAAUGGUUUCUCAGAAACUAAAGUGCAUGUUUUUCAUCUCAGAAUGAUUUGUGUUUUGUUCAGCAUUAAAAAACAAUCCAUGUUAAUAA